AUGGCUGUACGGCGUCGUCAACGCCAGGCCACGAGCAGAGGUGUACCAAUCACGAAGUGCUGGGCUAUGCGCUACCCUGAAGACAUAGGAAAGCCCAAUAGCGAGACGAGUAUACAAUAUAACGACCCUCCAGCCGUCGCGGAAAGACUCGCGGCGCUGGCGAGACGCUCGUCGUCCCCCGAGCCCGAACGAACGGAUACACCACCAGCUUCUCCGCCGCCUGAGGCGGUCUUGAUCAAGCGUGUCCCUCCCAAGCGCGCUGAAGGAGACCAGCUACAGCGAUUGUCUGGUCAAAAGCGUCUUAUCCGUGAGGUUCUCGAUGGCCAGGAAGACAAGGGAGACGAGCCACCACCGAAGAGACGCCGUCCGGCCUCUCCUCAGAAAGAUUAG